AUCGACAAACACAUUUUAUUUAUUCGAGACAUGACAAACUCUAUCAUUGAAUCUUAAAAAUAAUUAUUAAAUAAAAAUAAGGAAAGAAGUGAUAAGAUAAUAUUAUUUAUGAUACUUUCUAUCAAAGGUGUUGGAAAUGGUAAGAACAUCUAUCAGAGGAAGAAAUGUGAAUCUUGGAUCUAGUGUAUUACCGGCGGGAUACAAUCACACGCAAGAGAUACCUGUAGACAGCACCGUGGGUGAAGUAACAGUGUCUGUGUCAGGGUCCAAACCUCAAAUCAAAGUGGUCGAUCCCAAAGGUGAAGAAUUGACAGGUCCGCCUAAACUCAUUACGACGCUGGAUCUUUCGGAAAUUAUGGUGAGUGGCAUAAGGUUCUAUUUGCUGUAUAAAUGUUCUAUUUUUUAUAGUGACUGGACCCGGAUUCAUACGUGGCUUAUAAAGAGUUAAAAACUUAAGACAGAAGAACAAUUUUGUAUGUCACAGACGUUUACUUGAACAGUUCACAGCAUGAUAAUAUAAAACUAAAUUUAAACGUUAAUUUGUUGUAUAUAGAACUCAAAAUCAAUAGCCAUUAUUGAUAAUUUGUGGUAACUUGAUAUGUUGCAGAUUGUUUCUAUUCU